AUGACUCAAGAAGAAAUUAUUGACAAGAAGAGAAAAGUAGAUGAUAACUUGGAUAAAAAAGAGAAGAAAAAGUUAAAGAAAGAUAAGAAGGAUAAGAAGGAUAAGAAGGAUAAGAAGGAUAAGAAAGACAAAAAGGAAAAGAAAGAAAAGAAAGAGAAGAAAUCUGAAAACGAAGAAGAAACUGUCAAUGCAACCUCUAAUGAAACUCCUGUUGUUGAUGCUGGAGAAAUUGAAAAAUUCUUGAAGGAAAAUGAAGUUAUUAUUGAAGGUGGUAAAACUUUAAAUAUUAAUCCAAUCAUUAAUUUUAAUGAAUUAACUAAAUUGAAUAAAACUAUUCUAAAAGAAUUAAAUAAAUAUCCUAAACCAACUCCAAUCCAAUCUGCUUCAUGGCCAUAUCUAUUAAAGGGUAAAGAUGUUAUUGGUAUCGCAGAAACUGGGUCUGGUAAAACAGUCGCAUUCGGUGUUCCAGCUUUAAAUAAAUUAACUCAAGAAAAUAGUGAUAAUAAAAACAUUAAAGUAUUAAUUAUUUCUCCAACAAGAGAAUUAGCCAUGCAAAUUUAUGAUAAUUUAAAUACUUUAAGUGCCAAUUGUGAUAAGAUUAACGUCUGCUGUUUAUAUGGUGGUGUACCAAAAGAUAAUCAAAGAAGAGAAUUAAAGAAAUCUCAAAUUGUAGUUGCUACCCCAGGUAGAUUAAUCGAUCUAAUUGAAGAAGGUAGUUGUAACCUAAAUAAUGUGGAUUAUUUAGUCUUGGAUGAAGCCGAUAGAAUGCUAGAAAAAGGUUUUGAAGAAGAUAUUAAAAAAAUUAUUAGCGAAACCAGUAAAAUUAAUAGACAAACUUUAAUGUUCACUGCAACUUGGCCAAAAGAAGUUCGUGAUUUGGCUAAUUCUUUUAUGCAAAAGGACUUUAUUAAGAUUAGUAUCGGUGGUAACAGAGAUGAAUUAACUGCUAAUAAAAGAAUUAAACAAAUUGUUGAAGUAGUUGAUAACUUUAAAAAAGAAAAAAAAUUGUUAGAUUUAUUAAGAAAAUAUGAUAAUUCAGAAGAUAAAAUUUUGAUUUUUGCACUAUAUAAAAAAGAAGCUUCAAGAGUUGAAAGAAAUUUGAAAUACAGUGGUUAUAAAGUUGCUGCCAUUCAUGGUGAUUUAUCACAACAACAACGUACCCAAGCUUUGAAUGAAUUUAAAUCAGGCAAAUCUAACUUGCUAUUAGCAACUGAUGUAGCUGCUAGAGGUUUAGAUAUUCCAAAUGUUAAAGUCGUUAUUAAUUUAACUUUCCCAUUAACAGUGGAAGAUUAUGUUCAUAGAAUUGGUAGAACUGGUAGGGCUGGUAAGACAGGUAUUGCUCAUACUUUAUUUACCGAACAAGAAAAACAUUUAGCUGGUGCUUUAGUCAAUGUAUUAAAUGGUGCCAACCAACCAGUUCCAGAAGACUUGAUUAAAUUCGGUACUCACACUAAGAAGAAAGAACAUAGUGCAUACGGUGCUUUUUACAAAGAUAUUGAUAUGAAUAAAAACCAAAAAAGAUCACUUUUGAUUAAUUCAUAA